AGAGGAAGAGGAAGAAGAAAAAGAAGGGCAAAAGUAAGUUGGAAGGGAGAACAAGCUAUAAUACGAGAGGUAACCUUCAACAAAGUUCGAGUGAUAUGGUAGGGUGUCGUGGAUGCGCACUGGCUUAGUAACUCCCCCGUAUAUGAUGUUGUUAACGCGCAUCCUCUAGAUUUUCCGACCACGACCGUCAGUAUGCGGUCGUGCAUUCCACGCGGGCACACCUGUUUGCUCUUUCUUCCUAUAGUAUUAUUUCAACGCGACUAUGUUCACGCAUUGACUUACGUGUUAGAGAUAUAACACAUACAGAGAGACAUAGAAACUUUUCUUCGUUAGACAAGACGGCAGAAAGAAAGAAAGAGAGAGAAGGAUAGAUUUAGUCGAGAAAGAGGAACGUCCUCGUGACUUCUACCACGUGUCUCCUCUCAUCUUUCUCGUCAUAGACGCAGAGAUAGAUAGAAAGAGAGAGAGAGAAGCCUUCUCGAUGAGAUAAUACGACCGGCUGUGAUACGCCAUUCAGGCCCGAACUCGGGACCGUCGAAUUGUGAGAGAGAUCGAGAAGCGAGGGUGGACACACAUCAGUUGCGAUCAUGCUCACCAUAAAAAACGAAAAGUGACGACACAAGACGUAUCCUGUUAUUUUGACCUUCUCUUGGUAAAUCUAAAAAAAAAAAAAAAAAAAGAAGAAGAAAAGAGAAAAAAGAGAAGAAGAAAAAACGUGACGAUAUAUUAAGAACAAAAUUAGAUCGAGUAUCGCCAUGUCACCCCGUAACGGAUCCUGCGUGGCAGAGGUAAGCUCGGUAAGGAGUCUUUCAUCGGAAGAUGUAUCGGCAAAAGCAAAUCGUAAAAAAUCCUGUUGGGCACGUGCCACGGAUCCUGCGAGUCGUCGUGGCCGAAGGAUUCAAUUGUUGCAAAUGUUGGUACUACCGUUUAUACCAAUCCUAGCUUUGAUCGUACAAACUGCCAAUACCCUCCACGACAUAUUGAUUUAUCGGCAGGAAGUAUCGGACAUCGAAACACAGGUAACCAUAGCUACAGAUUUGGGCAAAGUAGUGACCAGAAUGCAGCUCGAAAGAUCCGAAGUAGCAUUCUUUAUUUACACCAAUGGCAACACUUUAAGGUCCAAUCUGACGCAAAGAUUCGCUAUAACCGAUCAGGCUCUGCAUAAUAUGACAACCUGGCCCUUGGUUUCCGUCCCCAGAGACGAAAGCAAGACACAAACAUACGAUGUUGUUAGCAAGGAAGCUUUUCAAGCACGGCUCGAGGAUUUCAGACAGAAAAUAAGCUCGGAAGAGAGUAGUAUAACGGAGGUAUUGGCUUGGUAUACGAGCGUAAAUGCGGCCAUGCUAGAUCAUUUGACCAAUCAGAUCAAAGAAACGGAUAACAGCGGUGUAUGGAGAUAUUUGAUAGCCUUCAAAAAUCUAUUACGAAGUAUCGAGAGUCUCGGCAUUGCUUCCGUUUAUGGGAUCAAUUAUUUUGGACGUGGAAUACUUCUAGGAGACAACUAUGUUAGUUAUGUACGUCACGAAGCUCUAGGACGAGAUUUGUUGAACGGAUCCCUCACAUAUGUGCCUUCUUUAAAACACUUUUAUAUCGAGCUUACUCGAACUAUGACCGAUUAUGGCAGGAUCAAGUCUAGGCGAGAUGAAAUUCUUCGGAAUCUAAAACGAGAGCCUAGCGUGGAUGACGCCAUCGCUUAUUUCGACUCAAUGGCGACCUAUGUCGAUGAACUUCGUAAACUUCAACGCGAAUUACGUCACAUGAUACGAAAUUAUGUUAAUUCAACUCUGCAAGAUGCCAGCAAUAAGGAGGUUGCUGGUAUAGCCAUUGUUGUUUUGGUCCUAGUUGUUUCACCUAUUAUUAUAAUAUUAGUACGCAAUGCAGUGGCUACUAUUCAAAUGUAUGCUGCCAAUUUAGCGCAAAAAGCUCGUGAAUUGAAGAGAGAGAAAAGAAAGAGUGACACUUUGCUCUUUCAAAUGUUACCACCUAGCGUAGCUCAACAACUAAAACAGACUCAACAGGUGCCAGCUGAAUAUUACGAAGCAGUGACCGUUUACUUCAGCGAUAUCGUUGGAUUUACUGAAAUUGCCGCUGAGAAUACACCGCUCGAGGUUGUCACGUUUCUCAAUUCGAUUUAUAAAUUGUUCGAUGCCCGUAUCGAAUGUUACGACGUUUACAAGGUCGAAACUAUCGGUGAUUCUUAUAUGGUUGCUUCCGGUUUACCAGUUAGAAAUGGUGAUAAACAUGUAUCCGAGAUUGCAACGAUGGCUUUAGACCUAUUGGCUGCUUCCUCGGUCUUUCAAGUACCAAAACGUCCCGGUGAACGACUUCAAAUACGAAGUGGUGCACAUACAGGACCAGUUGUGGCAGGUAUCGUAGGCAGUAAAAUGCCACGGUAUUGUCUAUUUGGCGAUACGGUUAACACGGCGAGUCGUAUGGAAUCAACAGGCGAAGCUUUACGGAUUCACAUUAGUUUAGAAAUGAAAAAGGCCUUGGACGCUGUUGGAGGAUUCAAAAUCGAGCAUCGCGGUUUGGUAGAUGUUAAAGGGAAAGGCCUAAUGGAUACAUAUUGGUUGGAGUGUAAGGAUGGUGGAAUCGCAAGAGCAGCCGAGUUGGACUUGCCUUCAUUCUUUGAAGAUGUACGACCAGUCUUCAUGCGCCGUUUACGAGAGGAAGGUACCCUCUGAUGCGAGCCCUACUCCCGGCGAGACCUGUGGUAUAUAAAUCGUCCCGUACGACCUUGUAUACGCCUAUCUCAGCCAAAUCUUAUCGACCAUUUGAAGAAACCUAGCCAAGGUCGUAAAAAUCGACUUUCUCAC